GGCACCACACACACAGGGAAAAACAAAAUCUAGAGAGCGAGAGAGAGAGACAAGGCAUUGAAAUGAAGAUCACCAUUUUGGUAUGUUAUUUGUACUAAAGGAGACCGAACAAAAGAUUAUUAGUAUCAAAAUGUGGGCGCCAAUCUCAGAUUCAAGCUUCCAUCUUCGUCUACUUCUCUUCUGAGAUCUAGGGUUUCGUUUGUUCUCUCUUAGAUUGGUCAUGCCCUUUGAGGAACUACAAGGUUUCUUAGAUUCUUCUUCUUACGGAACACGCGAAGAUCUCUGCAGCGUUGUCGGUGUUAAUAACAAUGGUAGCGAGCCCACCUCUGUUCUAGACUCCAACAGAAGCACAAGCCCCUUCCUCUCUUCCUCAACCACCACCACGCUGUCUUCCUCCCACGGUGGUCCCAGCGGCGGCGGCGCCGCCGAAGGGAAAUGCGAUCAGAUGACUUUCGAGGAUCUCGACGGAGUUCUCUCCGGCUCUCCCGGACAAGAGGAGAGCAUUCUUAGACUCAUCAUGGGCGGCGAUGUGGUGGAUCCGGGCUCCGAGUUCAUGGGUUUCGACCCGGGUUCUGGAUCCGACCCGGUUAUCGAUAACCCGAAUCCGCUCUUCGGCUACAGCUUCCCUCUCGACCUUCCACCACCUGAAGAAGAAGACGUGAAGUUUCGGAUCUACCCGAACCCGUGUUUAUCCUCCGGCGGGUCGUCUCCUCCUGCCAAAAGAUUCAACUCGGGUCAACCCGUUUCCCACCAGUUGGGUCACCCGUUCUCGGAUCCGGGUCACCCGUUCUCGGAUCCGGGUCACCCGUUUCUCGCCCCGCCGAAGCUAGCCGGAACCACCGAAGAAGACUACCACGUGGAGUCGUCAGCGGUAAUCACCGAGCAGCUUUUCAACGCGGCGGCGGAGUUAACCGGAACUGGAAACGGGUCACCACCCGUUCUCGCGCAAGGGAUAUUGGCGCGGCUCAAUCACAACCUUAACAACAGCAACAUUAAUCCAAAGCCUCCGUUUCAAAGAGCGGCUUUGUACGUAACAGAAUCUCUCCAAUCUCUACUCCAACACUCACCACCACAACCGUCUCUCCCUCUGUUCCUCAAAAUCGCAGCUCACAGAGCCUUCUCCGAAACGUCGCCGUUUCUCCAUUUCGUCAACUUCACCUCAAACCAGACCAUCCUCGAGUCUUCCCAAGGGUUCGACCGGAUCCGCAUUGUCGAUUUCGACGUGGGUUACGGUUCUCAAUGGUCGUCUCUCAUCCAAGAACUCGGGAACAGAUCGUCUUCAUCAGCUCCGUUAUCGCUAAAGGUUACAUCUUUCUCCUCUCCUUCCACCGUCUCCGACGAGUUCGAGCUCAGAUUCACGGAGGAGAAUCUCAGAGCCUUCGCCGGAGAAGCCGGAGUCGCCUUCGAGAUGGAGCUAAUGAACAUGGAGACUCUCCUGAACCCACCUCUCUCUCUGCUCCGAUCGUCUGAUAAAGAAGCAAUCGCAGUGAAUCUCCCGAUCAGCUCCGUUAUCUCCGGUUACCUCCCGUUUAUCCUCCGUUUCCUCAAACAAAUCUCUCCAAACGUCGUCGUUUGCUCGGACACUAUCCCCGACGCGCCGUUUCCCAACGUUGUGAUCGACGCGCUUCAGUACUACGCGUCUCUCCUCGAGUCUCUCGAGUCACCGAGUAGUAGUCAGGAAGCUGUUACGAGUAUUGAGAGGUUUUGUGUGCAGCCGUGGAUAGAGAGAGUGUUGAGUAAUCGUUACCGUUGGAUGGAGAAAACUCCGCCGUGGGGAAGCUUGUUUGAGCAAUGCGGGUUUACUCCGGUGGCGAUGAGUCAGACGGCGGAGACUCAGGCGGAGUAUUUGCUGCAGAGGAAUCCGAUGAGAGGGUUUCAUCUGGAGAAGAGACAGUCUUCGUCUUCUUCAACUAGUACUACUUCGCUCGUGUUAUGUUGGCAGAAGACACAACUUGUUGCUGUCUCAGCUUGGACAUGUUAGUAAAAAUUAAAAUAAAGUCUUUGUUUUUAGCUUUUUAAUGUGGGUUUUAUCGAGUUUUAAUGUGUUGUUUAAUC